AUGCCGAUGCGGACACCACAACCCGCAGUGCUGGCGGUGUGCCACCCCCCUGCAGCGGUGAAGCCACCUGUGGCAGCUGCAACGGCAGCAACAGAGCCGACGCUGGAGCUGUCGGCGACGCACAGCGUCGUGGGAGGAGGUGACAAGGGCCUCCUCGUGCGCCAGGGUGCCUCCUUGAGCUCGGCUGAGCUGGCCGAGCGGCUCCAGCGCGGCGCGACCAUCAGAGAAUUGGAGCUGCAAGCCCAGCGGAUGCAUUACCAGAAGGUGACAGGCUCUGGCCCCACUUCUGGUUGGAUCUCCACGCAGCUGAAGGGCACCGACCUGCUGCAGCCGCUCGCCGCGCCGCUCGCGCCCGACGGCGCCGCCCGCCCGCGCGGUGGUGUGCGUGUGGACCAUGGGCGGUCGCCGCGGGCGGCGGAGGCGUCGGCGCAGCCGGGCGCGGUGUGCUGCCUGGUGGGAGAGCUGCCGGUCUUGGGUGGUUGGGAUCCAAAGAGGGCGGUGAAGUUCAGCAAGAAGACGGUGGAGAAAGGUGCUACCGUCUGGACUGGCACCUUUGAAGGCGUGAAGGUGCCACCUGGUCAGCCGUUUAAGUGCUGCAUUUUGCAUGAAGCAAGCAAUACUUAUGUGUGGGAGGAGGCAGGCCCAAUGCAUUCCUGGCCAGCCUCCGACGAGAUCCAAGAAUUCGAGGCCGGCGUGCCUGCGCACACCGCGCCUGGGCAUGGAGCUCCUGGUGUGUGGCCGCCCAAAGUGACCCUCCCGAAGGUGGAGGCGGCGGCGCGGACGCUGGGUGAAGGCAUCGACCAGUGGAUCCCCUGGAAGCCACCAGCCAGCUGUGGGGCGGUGGAGGCUCCAAGAACAAUCUUCCAUGCCUUCCAUUGGCCCUUCAAGCUGGUCCUUGAGAGACUCAAGGAUAUAGCCGACAUGGGCUUCGACGCGGUACAGAUCAGCCCCGCGCAGAAGUCGAAGCAUGGGCACGAAUGGUGGGCACGCUACCAGCCGGAGGACUACGGCAAGAUUGAAGGCUUAGGCUCUUGGGAGGAGCUGAAAGAGCUUUGCCGAAGAGCCGACGAGUUAAAGCUCAGGGUCAUCGGUGAUGUUGUCUUCAACCACAUGUUGGUGGUUGGCAGCUGCCACGAGUGGCGUCAGGCGCAGGCGAACCCGGCGAGGCUGAAGCAGCUCCAGGAGCGCCUCGUGCGGGAGACCUCCAUGCGACUGGAGGAUUUCCAAUGGCCCUGGUUUGAAAUGUCUGGUGAGCACUGGGAUAACGAAAACCGCUACGAGGGCUGGGGCAGUGGUGAGUGGUCGGAGCUUCGCUAUUGUGAGCGGGUUGUGGCAGCACAGCAGAAGCAUUUGCGGCUACUGCUGGAUGCGGGUGUGCGGGGCAUCCGUUUUGAUGCCGUGAAGCACUUGCGCCCAGCACAUUUGGAGGAGCACUUGCAGCUGCUGCGCAAAGAGAAGGUCUUCGCGUACGGAGAGGUCUUGAGUGUGGACGAAACAAUGCACCAGGAGUACAUGGCGCUGUCGUGUCCAUCCACAGACUUCCCUUUGACAGUCUUCAUGUACCGGGCCCUGUCGGAGGGCACCGUGGCCGCCCAGGAGGGUGUCUCGGGUGCUGCUGCGCGCGUGGCCAAGGCGACAGGUCUGAAGAGUGCGAAGCGUUUCCCGACCUCCGCGCUCUCGGGGGACUCGGUCCGCUUUGCACGGAAUCACGACACGGUGAUGAAUCCGGGGCUUUACUACGGCCUGGGUGGCUCCUGUGUGGAGGCCAUGGGUUUGUGGGCUUGGCUUUUGGCUUUGCACGAUGGCAGCGUCUUGGUCUUCCCUGAGGAUUUGCAGAAUCAGGAGUGCGGCUCGAUGAUUUGCCGUGCCCUGCGCUUCCGAAACCAACUCCGGGCCGCCACCAGCUCGGAGGUUUGCCUCCGCUAUGAGCGCGGCGCCUCCGCGCGCCCAGCGCUGCUUCUGGUGGUGCUGCGGGGCCCGCGGCUGCUGGGUGCAGCGGUGGUGAAUCUGCGGGGUGAGCCGGUGGAGGUGCCUUCGCUGCCCUUGGAGCCUGGAAUCACCGGCACCUUUCGCCCGGAGUCCGGGGAGCUCCUGGAGUUGGACGACACCGGCCGUUUUCUGAAGCCUUUGGUGGUACCUGGGCGCGAUGCGCAAUUCCUGGUGGCGGUGUGA